CUCAGGAGAAGAGGAUCUCCAGCCUGGACGCAGCUAACUCUCGUCUGAUGGCGGCGCUGACGCAGCUGAAGGAGCGUUACGCGGUGACAUCACAGAGGAACGGCCUGUCUCCUAGCAACACGUCGUCUCUGCAGAUCACCGAGAACGGAGAGUUCCGGAACUCCGGAAACUGCUGAGCUGCGCUCUGAUUGGCUCUGACUGCAGGCAGGGGGCGGGACCUACCCAUUGACCCGUCAAUCAACUGACUUUUAACCUGGCCCCGCCCCCGUCGCUAGGUUACCCCCCACUUUCUGUUUUUUGGUUUUGCAUGUUUCCCUUUUGAACAUCUUAGAAAUUCUGACAUCAUAUCCUGUUUCCUUUUGCCACUUCCUGUGAAGAGCCAGAACAACCAACCAAACUGCACGUCAACCCCACCUGUACAUGGCUCUGUUGGAGAACCCACCUGUACAUGGCUCUGUUGGAGAACCCACCUGUACAUGGCUCUGGUUUUGGAGAACCCACCUGUACAUGGCUCUGGUUUUGGAGAACCCACCUGUACAUGGCUCUGUUGGAGAACCCACCUGUACAUGGCUCUGUUGGAGAACCCACCUGUACAUGGCUCUGGUUUUGGAGAACCCACCUGUACAUGGCUCUGGUUUUGGAGAACCCACCUGUACAUGGCUCUGGUUUUGGAGAACCCACCUGUACAUGGCUCUGUUGGAGAACCCACCUGUACAUGGCUCUGUUGGAGAACCCACCUGUACAUGGCUCUGUUGGAGAACCCACCUGUACAUGGCUCUGUUGGAGAACCCACCUGUACAUGGCUCUGUUGGAGAACCCACCUGUACAUGGCUCUGGUUUUGGAGAACCCACCUGUACAUGGCUCUGGUUUUGGAGAACCCACCUGUACAUGGCUCUGUUGGAGAACCCACCUGUACAUGGCUCUGUUGGAGAACCCACCUGUACAUGGCUCUGUUGGAGAACCCACCUGUACAUGGCUCUGUUGGAGAACCCACCUGUACAUGGCUCUGUUGGAGAACCCACCUGUACAUGGCUCUGGUUUUGGAGAACCCACCUGUACAUGGCUCUGGUUUUGGAGAACCCACCUGUACAUGGCUCUGUUGGAGAACCCACCUGUACAUGGCUCUGGUUUUGGAGAACCCACCUGUACAUGGCUCUGGUUUUGGAGAACCCACCUGUACAUGGCUCUGGUUUUGGAGAACCCACCUGUACAUGGCUCUGUUGGAGAACCCACCUGUACAUGGCUCUGGUUUUGGAGAACCCACCUGUACAUGGCUCUGUUGGAGAACCCACCUGUACAUGGCUCUGUUGGAGAACCCACCUGUACAUGGCUCUGGUUUUGGAGAACCCACCUGUACAUGGCUCUGGUUUUGGAGAACCCACCUGUACAUGGCUCUGUUGGAGAACCCACCUGUACAUGGCUCUGGUUUUGGAGAACCCACCUGUACAUGGCUCUGUUGGAGAACCCACCUGUACAUGGCUCUGGUUUUGGAGAACCCACCUGUACAUGGCUCUGGUUUUGGAGAACCCACCUGUACAUGGCUCUGGUUUUGGAGAACGCACCUGCUCUGUAGCUUCGGUCCACCUGUGGUAACUGUCUGUAAACGGCUCUGUAUUUAAAUAGCGACACAUCGACAGUUUGAAUAUAUUCAUAUUUUCUAUGAUUAGAUUUUGUCUAGAGGAACAGUCUGAUACCCGGUCAGGGCCAGGUUAGCCUAGUUUAGCACAAAGACUGGAAGCAGGGGGGAAGCUGUUAGCCUGUUAGCCUAGCUUAAAGUGAGGGCAGCUCUGGGCUUCCAUUGGUCAGUUUGUGUUUCAGAGAAUGUACUGAUGUAAACAUAAGAUUGUAUUGUAAAACAGUAAAAUCUUUAAAUUGUGAUUAAUAGUUUGUGAACACACAUCUCUACUGGUCUCUCCUACUCUCUACUGGUCUCUCCUGCUCUCUAAUGGUCUCUACUGCUCUCUGCUGCUCUCUAAUGGUCUCUACUGGUCUCUACUGCUCUCUAAUGGUCUCUACUGCUCUCUGCUGGUCUCUCCUGCUCUCUACUGGUCUCUGCUGGUCUCUACUGGUUUCUGCUGCUCUCUCCUGCUCUCUGCUGCUCUCUACUGUGCUUCUGUCUCUGUUCUUGUUAUUUAUGAGUAUUUAUAAAGAGAUGCUACAAUAAACGAUGACACUAUCAAA